AUGGAUGUCGUAGCAUUCUUUCACAGAUUUGUCAGGCCUUCAGAAAUGAGUGAAGAAAGAAUCAACGAAUACAUCGAAGGAAAGUAUGGAAAACUAGGAGUUGACAGGGUUUGGUAUGAUACAGCUAUUCUAUUUACAGACGUUAUAGAACAAUUUGAAGAAUGUAUGACAAAACAUAACUUGUGCUCCAUUGAUCUUUGUGGGCCCCUUACUCGAGCUGCUUUUGUAACAUGCGGUAAUUGGGAUAUAACGACGAAAAUACCCCAACAAUGUAAAGUGUCGAAAAUGAAGCUACCCUCAUACGUCAUGGAAUGGAUCAACUUGAAGGACAUAUAUCUCAACUUUUAUAAGACGAGGGCGGCUGGAAUGCGUACCAUGAUGAACGAAUUGAACAUACCGUUGUUAGGGAGUCACCAUCUUGGCAUUGAUGACACGAAGAACAUAGCAAGAGUGUUUCAACGUAUGCUUACGGAUGGUGCAAUUUUGAAAGUUACUGUAAAGAGAAAUCCACAAGUUCAUGAAAAAGUUGAAUUCCUCUUUGAAAAUCGUAUCAAAUAA